CUCGGCACCAUCACGCACGCAGAUAUGGCUACGGUACAAGUGUCACUCCCGCUACCAGUCCUCCCCGAGGGCUGGACAGCCGAAAAAGACUUCAAGCCCAUUGGUAGCCUUAGCGCUGCCAAUGAUCGCAACAUCGAGCCCGUGGGCCACCACUUCCUCGCACACGCCCGCAGAAAACGUCACAAGCGUACCUUCUCCGAGGACGACCGCAUCCAGGCUCAGGCCAACGUCAAGAAGGUUGAAGACGAGGACGAUGGCGAAAUCAGCGAGCCCGAGGACCCUCUCAUGCUACAGCGCGAGGCCAAGGACUGGAAAGGUCAAGAUCACUACGCCGUUCUAGGUAUCACAAAAUACAGAUGGCGCGCUACCGAGGAUCAGAUUAAGAAGGCCCACCGCAAGAAGGUGCUCAAGCACCACCCCGACAAGAAGGCAGCCAAGGGCGGAACAGAAGAUGAUCAGUUCUUCAAGUGUAUCCAAAAAGCAACUGAAGUCCUGCUUGACCCCGUCAAGAGGCGCCAAUUUGACUCCGUCGACGAGGCUGCGGACGUCGAGCCACCUUCCAAGAAGGACACUCAAAAGGGCAACUUCUACAAGCUCUGGGGCAAGGUUUUCGAAGCCGAGGGCCGCUUCUCUACCAACCAGCCUGUACCCAAGCUUGGUAACGACAAGAGCUCCAAGGAAGACGUCGAGAACUUCUACAACUUCUGGUACAACUUCAACAGCUGGAGGACGUUCGAGUACCUCGAUGAGGACGUGCCUGAUGACAACGAGAACCGUGAUCAGAAGCGUCACGUAGAGCGAAAGAACCAGAAUGCCCGCCGCAAGAAGAAGACCGAGGACACUAUCCGCCUGAGGAAGCUCGUGGAUGACGCAUUGGCCUUGGACGAGCGUAUCAAGAAAUUCCGUCAAGCAGAGCAUGCCCAGAAGAACAAGCGCCGUCUUGAAAAGGAGGCUGAACAGAAGCGUCUCGCCGAGGAGGCAGAAAAGGCCAAAGCGGAAGAGGCCCGUCUCCAAGCUGAGAAGGAAGCUGCUGAGAAGGCGGAGAAGGCAGAUAGCAAAAAGGCGAAGGAGGCUGCAAAGAAUGCCGCAAAGAAGAACAAGCGAGUCAUCCGUGCUGCCGUCAAGGAUGCCAACUACUUCCAUGCUUCCGGCGAUGCUCCUGCUUCGCAAAUCGACGCUGCCCUCAACGACGCUGAUGCCGUCAUUGUGAAGCUCGACAAUGAGCAGAUUGCAGCACUCACUGCUAAGCUGAACGGAAAGAAGGAUGCUGCCGCAAUCACACAGGUCUUCAAGGAUGAAGUGAAGAGUUUGGUUGCCGCAGGAAAAGCGCAAGAGGGCGAGCUCAAGUCUCUGUCUUAG